UCGCUCGAAAGAUGAAGGCUCUGGUGAUUCUGGUCGCUGUAUCCUGUUGCUCAGCACAGCUGGUGCUGCCGUACACGGCGCCCUGGGUGCUGCCUCAAGCGAAGCUGAUCACUACUCCUGAGGUCAAGACUGAUCUCAAGACCGUUCCUUUGGUCUCCCCUUACGCCCAUCCCUUCGGACAUCCCUUCGUGGCUUCCCCCUAUGCCUUCCACCACGCUGCCUACCCCUAUGGAGCUUACCCCUACAUCCUCAACGCCGAUGAUACUCUCAAGGCCACAGAGUUCCCUUACAUUUACCAAAAGCCAGAACAGGAGCCAGCUGUAGAAGAGGCACGUCGUCGUCGCCGCGAUGUCCAGAUCCCCCUCCCAUACCUUCACGCUGUACCCACCGUCACCAAGCACACUGUGGAGACCAAGCAGUUCGAGCCCAUCGACGCCAACACCCCCGCCGACACCACCAAGAUCGAACUCACCACCAAGGAGCACGAGAUCUCCGUGCCUGCCGUCAAGUACGUGCAGCCCGUAGUCAACGUCAAGCCCGUCACCUACACUGCUCUCUCCCACGCCGUCCUUCCCUACGCCCAUGGCCUUCCUUACACCCACGCCCUUCCCUACGCCCACGCUCUUCCAUACGCCCACUAUCCUGGCCUUGUCGGCGCCCCCGUCAUCAAGCUUGACGAGGAGUAAUCCCAACUUUUCUGUCGUCCUUAAUCUUCCUCACAA